CGGAAGCGGCGCCGGGCCCUUGCGCGGCGCGGUGCGGCCGCUGCUGCCUCCGCCGCCGCCGCCGCCGCCGCCGCUGCGCCGCAGGACGGGCCGCCCUGUGUUUCGGGGAGCGCUUCGCGCAUGCUCCGCCGAGUGACGCCGCGACUCCAUGUGUGAGAAGCGCAUUAUUUGGCAAAGGGGAGCCGCGGCGGAGAGAGGAUUAACCGGGGGAUUCCUGGCGGUGCGGAGAAGGGGGCGGCGAGGAGCGAGGGGAAGACGAGCCGGCAGCUGGGGAGCGGCACCGGCGGCGUCCGGAUGCGCGGGGACCGGCGGGGAGGUGCCGCGGCGUGCGAGUUCCCAGGAGCCUCGCUGCAGUCGCUUUCAGCCACUCGGCCCGGUCAGGAUCCCACCUGGAACCCAUGAACUUCACUGACAGGCUGCAUCCUGGGAAGGGUCAUGUGGAGCCCAGUGAUGUCAUGGGAUCAAAGCCUGACUCAGCUCCGCGUCCGAUGGAUGGGUGUCCGCAGAGCCUCACAAUGACAGAGGAAGCAUGCAGGACACGGAGUCAGAAACGAGCAUUAGAACGUGAGAUAACGCAUAACGAUGUGGACAGUAAAAAAAUAAAAAUGGAGAAAGGACUAUUAGGAACAGAUAUAAAUGCUGAAGGCGACAUGAAAAUAAAAACAGAUCCUGGAGCUGGAAAAGUGCAAGGAUUAUUAAAAAGCGGAGAGGUGAAAGCAACCAUUAAAGUGGAGGUUCAGACGGGAGAUGAGCCUGUGGAUAUGAGUACCUCAAAAAGUGAAGUAAAGAGAGAAAAGAGAGUCCCCUCGCCGGAUGUUAUAGUGUUAUCUGACAAUGAACCUUCUAGCCCUAGGAUGAAUGGUUUAACAAAAAUAGCAUUAAAAGAGACCAACACGGAGGCACUCAUGAAAAGCAGUCCAGAGGAGCGCGAGAGAAUGAUUAAACAGCUAAAAGAAGAGUUACGGUUAGAAGAAGCAAAGCUUGUUUUAUUGAAAAAGUUACGGCAAAGUCAAAUCCAGAAGGAGACCACUACUCAGAAGCCUGCUGGUUCCUCUGGGAGUGCUGUGGCCACCCCUCCGCCCUUGGUGCGGGGACCGCAGAGUGUUCCUGCUGGCAAGCCGUCCCUCCAGACCUCUUCUACACGUAUACCAGGCACUGUUAUUCCUCCUCCCUUGGUCCGUGGAGGGCAGCAGACUUCUUCGAAAUUGGGAACUCAGCAAAACACACAGAUAGUAAUGCCACCUCUUGUCAGGGGAGCACAGCAAAUCCACAACAUCCGACAGCACUCCAGCACGGGGCCGCCUCCGCUGCUGCUGGCACCGCGGGCAUCGGUCCCCAGCGUACAAAUUCAGGGGCAGCGAAUUAUCCAGCAGGGUCUGAUCCGCGUCGCCAACGUCCCCAACACCAGCCUGCUUGUCAACAUCCCGCAGGCUUCACCAACUUCAAUCAAAGGUACAACCGUGACGUCCGCUCAGGCUAAUGCUACUACAACCAGCGCCGCUUCCAUCGUCAACUCCAACGACUCGCCGGCCAGCCGGCAGGCCGCCGCCAAGCUCGCCUUGCGGAAGCAGCUGGAGAAGACGCUGUUGGAGAUCCCUCCUCCCAAGCCACCUGCGCCAGAGAUGAACUUCCUGCCAAGCGCAGCUAAUAACGAAUUUAUUUACUUAGUUGGGUUGGAAGAAGUUGUGCAGAAUCUGCUGGAAACUCAAGGUAAAGUUUCGGUUGCUGUAGCGUCUCGCGAGCCCUAUAUGUGUGCUCAGUGUAAGACUGACUUCACCUGCCGUUGGAGGGAGGAGAAGAACGGAACCAUCAUGUGCGAAACCUGCAUGACAUCCAAUCAGAAAAAGGCCUUGAAAGCUGAGCACACUAACCGACUGAAGGCUGCCUUCGUAAAAGCACUGCAGCAAGAGCAGGAGAUUGAGCAAAGGAUACUGCAACAGACUGCGUCUCCUGUACAGACCAAGUCAGACCCUAUAGUGCAGCACCACUCGCUCAAGCAGACUUCUAGCCAGAUGUCUCGAGGUCCUCCUGGAGCUCCGCGAGGAGUGUUGCAUGCAUUUAGCCAGUCACCCAAGUUGCAGAAUGCAUCGUCUGCAGCAGCACUUGGGAGUAGGCCAGGUAAGCAUGCUGAGAGACCUGUCAGCAAGGGCAGCGCUGCCGCCUGGAAGAAGACUCCCAUCAAUACAGGUGGGGCUUUACCUUUUGUUAAUCCUAGUUUAGCUGUGCACAAGUCGUCCUCAGCAGUAGACCGCCAGCGUGAAUAUCUCCUGGAUAUGAUUCCCCCACGGUCCAUCCCACAGUCCGCCACGUGGAAAUAAUGCAGAGGAAUGCCCGAGAGGAAGACUUUUCCUGUUUCUGCCAUCCUUUUUGUACCACAUUACAGUGGAAUCUGCUUUAAUCCCAGCUGGAUAUGCCCCAGGCUUUAUAGGAUGCAAGAAGACCACUCCUCAUCCCAUCGAGUGCUGCUGUCCCUGCUAUGAGAAAACGACACCACGUGGGUGGGAAAGACUGAAGCUCAUUUGGUUACAGAUUCUUAUGAUUGAUGAUGAAGGCUGUCAGGGAAGGGGAAGAAUUCUUUUUCUUUUUUUUUUUUUUCUGGCUUUAUGUAUUUAGUUUGGAUUUGUUUUGUCACCAGCACAAAAGGAGGACUAAACGACUCUCUGCCUUCGGUUUCUUGAUUAAUAACUACCCAUUCACCAGGAACGUGGUGAUCGUUCGCGACCGAGCGUGGAUGUCAGCUCGAGGAGAGAGAGGAAUUUCAACCCCAUCUUGCAGAUGCAUUUAGUGAGCCGAGUUCGUGUUUGCUUUUCUUCCCUGCCCCUCCUCCAGCCAGGAAGGCAGUCUACAGAUCAUAAUGUUUCAAAAUCUUCUGAUGAUGAGCUAAUGAUAAAGAAGUGCAAACUCAAAUUGCAGUUGAGUACGUUUUUGUUUUGGGUUUGUUUUUUUUUUAAUAAAGGGACUGGCUGCCACCAAAACUUGUCUGGUAGGUGGGAACCGGUGCAGGAGUCUCUCACUUUUGUUGGAUUCUGUUUUGAAUAGACUUUGAACUGUUGGUAGUCUAAAAUCUAAUUUACUGAAUAGACAAACACCUUUGUUCGGUCUUUCUAAUUCAGCGAAGAGCAGUUGGGCCUUUCUUUCAUAUGUUCCCAGAGACUUAAAAGUGAAACUGUUUCUGAUUAUUUUCUUUUUUGGAGGGGGUUUUGUUGUUGUUGUUGUUUUUGAGCAAUUUUACUCAAAAAAAAGAAAAAAAAAAAAAAAGGAAAAAAAAAAAAAGGAAUUCCAGAAGCUGCACGCAAUCAGAAAGGGCGAGUGGAGGGAGCGGAGGACCGGGAGGCUGCCGUCAGGUCGCAGGCUCCUUCCUCUGCCGACACCUGCCGAGGAGCGGCCGUUCUGGUCCGUGCUGCGGUGGCCCAAUGACCGCGGCGGCACGUGUAGGGCGCGUUGGGGGCAGGACUGCCUACCUUGAUCCCUCUAGAGCUCCGUUCUUCCGGGCGUACCAAGCAUGCUCCUCUGUCCAUCGCUUCAGUAUUUCAUUUUCGAUAGAGCUUUAGGUAACCCUGCUUUAAGGACAGGUUUCUAUGUGGUUUUAAUAUAUCUUGGGGAUUCCACAGGUUAAGCCCAAAUCCAUCAGGUCCAUUUUUUUUUUUUUUCCCCCCUUCUCGUCAUCUUCCCUCCUUCUUCCCUGUGCUUCUCCCAAAUUUAAGUUGAAUUCAAGUGGCAGAAAUACAUGCCUUACUACUUAUGUUGCAUAUCAGUACUAGAAGUAGUGCUGAUAAGAAUUAUUUGCAAAAUUAUAUAUAUAUAUCUAUAUAUCUAUAUAUAAAAGAAAAGGGGGGGAGGGGUUACUAUUCAGUCUAUGCUGAAUCUAUUUUCUUAGCAGUUGCUGUUAGAUCUAACUUGAAACCAAUAACUGUAUAGGGUUGUCCCCUUUCAGAUCUAACUAUUGCAUAGUGAGAAAGCAAAACUCGUUCAUUUUAGCCCCUCUUCUGUUGUGUGAAUAUCGGUAUUUAGAUACUUUGAAAACUGUUCAGUAGUCUAGAAAACCUAGUUUUGCAAAAUGGUAUUUGUUGCUGUAUAAAGCCCUAGAAUUUCAAUUCGACUUUGUUUUUUUGUUUGUUUUACAAAUGUAUAUUAAGAGCUAAAUGGGGAUGAGAGGAAUUGGUUUGAGUUUAAAAUUUUUUCUUUUCAUUCCAAGAUAUUUUGGAUUGGGAGAUGUGGAGAGAGAAAUGGAGUGCAUUUUAUUUUUGCACUUUGAAAUAUUAUGGCAAAGUUUCAGUUCCUUACCUGCGUGGAGCUUGGGGGCGGGGGGGGGGUGGUGUUUCUUCCUCUCUUCUGUCAAACGCCUGCAUUAUCUCGUCAUUGAUGCAAAUGUUAAAUCACCUGGGAAGAGCGAGCGCAUUUUUAAAGAGAACAAGCAAAACUUCUCCAACUGAAAUUCAAAUACCCUUUUGGGAAGCCCGGACAACUUCACAAUCCCUUUCCAGCAUUGGGGUGGCUUUAGCUUCAGCUGAUGCUGGGAAAGAGGGGCAGAAGUAUUAAACUCGCCUCUUUUAAAAGCGAUGUCAAAGCCUUUUUGGAUACCGCCAGCUCACUACAGCAGCUUGUCAUUUCAGCACAGUGGGUGGGGGAGUCUUAAAAUAAGCCUUAAAAUAAUAGAGAAGACUUAUUUUAAGAUUUGGAACUGAAAUUAAAACCGAGUCUGCACGUACUGUCUCACAAACGUUGCUCCCUCAGCAACGCUCGACCGCAGCCGCGUUUCGUUUGAUGUAGAAUAAAACCCCAUGUAUAUUGUCUUACGUAGUGGGGUGGAGUUAUUUUGAAGGCUUUUUUUGUAAGCAAACGGGAAAUACGACAUGGAUAUCGGGCUGUCGGGAUUCAAACCAGUUUUGACAUCGCUUUUAAUCUGUGGUUCGUGGAGUGCUGCAGGUAACUUGGAGGAUAUAUUUAUUGCAUGGGUGUUUCUGCAAAGUUUGAGAUAAACGUGCCGGAAGACUUCAGUGGUACACACGUGUUAAAUGCCAGAACUGCUCCCGCCUUUGUUUUCAGAACUGCAUAUUCGGUUGAGUAGUGUUGAGCUGGGCUAGUUAAGGUACCAAGCUAGGUUUAGAGAGCUGUAAAAACACUUGCUGCAGUCUUUCCAAAUGUCCUCCUCCCCAUCUGUAUGUUCCCCUUCUUGCAGAAGAAAAAAAACAAACCCCAAACCAACAAGCAAACCGAAAAGCUCAAUUAAAUGGAAUAUUCACAUAAUGGUGUUACGCCCUAAAGGUUAAAUUGGUUGGGAAGCGUGAAGGAGGGGGGGGUUAGACACGCUUUUAAGAACAAAUCCUUGGUUUAUUUCUGCCGCUGUCAUGUUUGGGAUUCCUGCCUCCGUAAGGGCUAUUGGUUCUGCCGCAGAGCUGUCGGAAAGCCUCACCUCAUCAGCCCUCUCCUGGAAAAAGACCAUUGUACUUAAAGCUCCCUCAGAACAAGAGACUGAACGUGCUGCUCGACAGUCUGACCUGUAAAUCAGUAUCAUUCAGGUGGAGUAUCCGGCAUCGUGUCCUGUUUCCCCGACCCUCCACUGCUUCGCCGCAAACUGCUGCAUGAGCUGGUUUGACAUUGCUCAGAUGCUGCUUGCUUCCCCCCUCUCCUGGGGAGAGGGUUAGAGCAGCGUUGGUUCUUGCAAGCCAUAUAACCUUUCUUUGAGACGUUGCGACUACAAGAUUUUAUAAUACAGUAAUAAUGAAAAUGACUAUUGUACUUAGAUUUUAGCAACUUGUGAAAUAAACCCCGGAUUUUCACUUGAAACCCAUGUUGCAAUUUGGGAGCUGUGUGUUUUUUUUUUUUUAAUUUUAUUAUUUUUUUAAUAAGCUAAUUUAUUACCUGUUCGGUUUCUGAGCGCUGGUGAGACGGCCGUCCUUUGCUCAGAAACACGACAAGUGGCCUGGUUGAACCUUUUGCUUCUAUAGCACAGUCGGCUUGAACGGCUUUUCCAGUCUGCGUAAAGGGUGGCUUUGUGAAUUUUUGUGUUCUGGGGAUUCCUGUAAAUGGCAUUGCAGCUGUAACAGUGAGGAGGGCUCAGUGAACCUUAAACUCCUGAUAGUUUGGGCUUGGGUUCGUUUUCUAUAGGCAUUUUUAUCAUGUGAGGGAACCAUUCGUGUACCUCUGAGUUCUCAGACCUGGUCGUCACUUCUGUUUUUUCCCUUUGGUAGAUUUUUUUUCCUCCUUAGUAAGCAAAGUCCAGUCCAGAAUGGAAAACUUGGGCUGCAGGAGCGAGCGGAGCAGGCUUAGGCAGGUCUCACCAGAAACCCUCUUUGGCUCAUUCAUCGCUUCCUCCUUUUGGAAGGAGGAGGUGCAGAAGGCAUUUUUAAAAAUAAUUAUAAAUAUAUAAAUAUAUAUAUAAUGCAAAAAGACCUCAAGGAACCGCAGUUAGUGUUUGUCUGCUUAAGGCAGAGUUACGCUGUACAUUGCAGUUAGCGAAAUAACUUGCGUUGUGCUUUUUUUUUUAAAUGAGGAAGGCAAAAAGAAUUUAUAAUCAUCUAACAAAGGAGCGUAACUGUAACGUUACGCCAGCGCAGGGUAUGUUUUUGUCACUCGUAUUUAUUGUGACUCUAAAUCUUUGAUAAUAAAAGAAAAAUUAAAAAAAAAAAAUAAAAAUCCCACUAAAAUCUGACAGUCUCAGCGGCGGCAGAAUCUGAACUCAGUAACUGUGUAUUGUAUUGUGAGGGAUUUUUAGUAUUUGAAUGACAAUAAACAAAUGGACAAAC